AUGAGAUUUAGCGUACCAGAUGAGAGAUAUAGGAAUGGAUAUGGUUUAAGUGAUAGCGAUGAUAGUGAUGGUAACAGUGAUGACGACAUGAAUAAUAUCAAACCAAUUAAAUCAAUUCUCAAAUCACCAACUUCAAAUUCAUUAGUAAAAUCCGAUUCAAACCAUUUAAACAGUGAAUUUGGUAGAUUUGAUGAGGUGGAAGUCUUUGAUAAUAUCCACAACCAUCCAAUUAAUUUUAGUAAUUUAAGUAACUCGUUUUCUCAUUCGAUUGGCCAACUAGGUUCAUCCAACGAUGAAGACAAGGAUAUUGACCAUAUUCAACGAACAAUAUCUCAAUUACAAUUAAAAUCUAAACAAGAUUCUAUUGACCUCGAAAAAGCAUUUAAUCAGCGCAAUAAACAGCUUUGGUUGUCCAUUGAAACUUCCAUUGAUUUUGCUCAAAAGGAGUCUGAUAUCCAGGCACAGAGGGAGGCUGAGGAGAAUAGACUCAAAUCUGAGGAGAAGAAACGUGUUGAUCAAGUAGCUCAUGAUAAAGACCAACAGCGUAAACAAGAGCAACAGCAAGAACAACAACAACAACAAUUACACCUUCAACAACACCAGCAACACCUCAAACACCUCCAAUCUCAAUCACAAUCUCUCAAGUUUACCCAAAACAAGGCUAGAGAUGAUUAUCUACACUACUACAACCUCAUCAUCCACAUUAAACACGUUGUUCUCCCUCAAGUCUCCCAAAACCCUGCCAUUAAGAAGGCUUGCUCUGCUUCCAAACGCAAAAUAACACCAAAAAUUGGUCAACUAACUAACUCUAUUACUCAAACCACGCGCAUCACAAAUGAAAUCAAUGACACCCUUAACGAACCUAAACUACUCCACGGCGAGUCUUCGCCCGCUUACACAUGGCUUCUUAACCAUCUCUCCAAAUGUCUUCUCCGUCAAGCCGAGACUGAAGUGAGUGCGAAAUCGUCCACUGCUUUCCCACUCGCCCGACUUGUCAUGUCUCUCUCGCUCAAUGAACACCCUCGUCUUGCUGAAAUUCUAAUGGGACGCAUGGUAAAGAAGGCAUGCUGGACAAUCCCCUACUACCCCACCAAAUCCGAUGGAGAGAAUGAAGAAGCGUAUAAACGACGUGUAGGACGCAAAAACGCCUCUGAAACCACCGUGCAAUACAACGACCGCAUGAGCGGUAUACUCGCUCUAUACUUUGCUAUUCUGCAAACGCGCGUCAGUACAGAUAACCUUGUUUUGUCGGGUGAUCAGGCAAGAAAUGCAACACAGGAUGACCUCGUCAGUCGCAUUCCUCCCCAAUUCCGUUUCGGAAUGUGCUGGACUUGGCUCGCUCACGCACUCCGCCCUCCCUUGCCCACCCUCGCCACUAUCCCGCAACUCCUUGCCACCUUCUUCGAAAUCCUUGGUCAGCCUUGGCAAAUUGCUUUUGGGGAGCAGGCGAGGAAGGUGCUCCGGCUUCUUAAGACGGUCAUUGAUGACGAUAACGCCUGGGCUAGCAACAGCGAAGCUAAUCUCACUCGUAUUAGACUCCUCCUCGAUAAAUGGUCCUCGGGAUUGCCGUUGAGUGGAGUGGAGGGGAGGUCGUGGGAGAAUUAG